AUGAUUAUCCCGACGAGCUGGAGAGAGGCCCUCCUCUACCUGGGCCUGGGCGUGGUCGCCAUCUUUGCAUGCAACGCAGUCUACAACGUCUUUUUCCACCCUCUCCGCCACUUCCCCGGCCCCAAGUCGCACGCAAUGUCUCGCAUCCCUUAUACGUACCACUGGGUGCGCGGGGACCUGGUCCGACACAUCACGGCGCUGCACCGCGAGCACGGCGACAUAGUCCGCCUGGCCCCCGACGAGCUGUCCUUUGGCGACCCGCAGGCCUGGGGCGACAUCAUGGGCGGCGGCAGCAGGGACCUGCAAAAGUGGAACGGCGUCUUUGACAUUCCCAACUUCCUGCCGACGCACGUGCAAAACACCACCGACAAGUCCCGGCACCGCAUGCUGCGCAAGGCCAUGGGGCCGGGGUUCUCGGACGCGGCGCUGCGGGCCCAGGAGCACAUCGUGGCCAGCCACGUCGACCAGUUCAUCCAGAAGCUGCGCGGCCGGCGCGGCGUCGUCGACCUCGAGGUCUGGUACCGCUUCAUCGUGUUUGACGUCAUUGGGGACCUGGCCUUUGGGGAGUCGUUUGGCUGCGCCAACGGCGCCGAGUUUCACCCCUACAUCCGCCAGAUCUGCGAGACCGCGGUCAUGAUUUCGUACCUGAUGGCCAUCAACAUGUAUCCGAUCCUGAGGAACGUCGUCAACUUUCUGAUCGACGGCGUGGCCAGGAGGGGGUUCGACGCGCAGGCGCAGACUCUGAUGCCGGCCCUGGAGCGUCGGAUCAAGUUGCAGGAGCAGCGGCUUGACUUGGUUGAUCCGUUGAUUGGGAAAAUGAAUGAAUGGAAAUGGACCAUCAACGACUUGAUCCCGCACGCCAUAAUGAUCGUCGGAGCAGGGUCUGAAACGACGGCCGGGGUCCUCUGCGGAACAACAGCGCUGCUCUUGGAACACCCGGAAGCGAUGGCUAGAGUCACGGAAGAGGUUCGUUCGGCGUUCUCGUCCGACGGUGAAAUCAAUCUGGAAAGGGUCGACAGUCGGUUACCUUAUCUCCGCGCCUGCAUCGACGAGGCGAUGAGGCUGUAUCCCGUACCCGGUUGUGCCUCUCUCAGGAUAACCGGCGACAGAGACAUAAUCUGCGGAGUCCCCAUGCCGCCCAAGACCGUCGUAGGACUCUGGCCCUAUGCCGUGUACCGAGACCCAAAGCUGUGGCGCAACCCCGACGAGUUCCAUCCCGAAAGGUGGCUUGGAGACCCCGAGUAUAUCAAUGAUGCGCGGAAGGCGUUCAAUCCCUUCCACAUUGGGAGUCGAGAUUGUGUAGGCAGAGGACUAGCAGUCAUGGAGCUUCGACUUAUCAUGGCCCGGAUGAUUUACAACUUUGACAUGCACUUGAUGGGCGCGGGCAUGAAAGAGGAUUCUCGAUCGUGGGUGGACAGACAAAAGAAUUUCUUUAUUGUCUGGGAAAGAGUUCCACUAGAGGUGGUGUUAACUCCCACCAAGAGUUAA